AUGGAGCGGGCGGCCGUGUUGCGAGUGAAGCGGAAGCGCGGCGGGACGGAGCCUGUCGAGGCGCUGCUCCUCGCCUGCAAGCGGCUCCGCACGGAGUGCGGCGACGCCCAGCCGGUGGAGAGGAGCCUCUUCAAGCUGGUGGCGACCGUGUCCUCCAAGAAUGAACCAGUUCAGAAAUAUGUUCAAGAAGUGAUCACUCGAGACAAAGCAGCUCGAAGUCUGCGACCUUCUUUAGGAAGCACUCAGCGAAUCAUUCAGGAACUCCGCUCUUCCACGCAAGUGAAAAGGAAGGAAAAUCGUUAUCGUGUAAUAGCCAGCCAUCGACCUAACUGUACCGAAACAGCUGCACCUGUCAGAAAUGGAGAGGCAUCGAUUGAUGGGGACAGAGCAGACUCUGAAGCAAUGGAUGAUGCUUCACAAAAGGAGAGUGGUGCAGUGGAUAAGAGUUUGGACUGCUGUAGGAAAUUCCAGUUGUUUGAUAUUGUACAAGAAGAGGAGGUGCUGGGAGACUCCAGUGUAACUGCUGCAAACCCUCAGCAGAAGCCUGAUCCAGAUGUGAUUCUUUGCAAUGCAGUGGAGAUGAUCCGUGAGCGUUUAAAUGUUUCUGAAGAUGGUAAAAAAGAACACCGUGAGAAAGAAGAUGAGUAUGUUUAUGACAUCUACUGUAUGGAAACAUCAGCCCCUGGUUGGAUCCAAAAUAUCCUUUCUGUACAGCCCUACAGCGAAGAAUAUGAGCUUAUGGUAGACGACGAUCAAGUUCCAGGGGAAAUAUAUGAAGAUGAAGAUGAUGAAAAUGAUGAAAAUAACUGGCGUAAUGAUUAUCCUGAUGAAGAUGAAUUCUUAUACGACGAAGACGGUGAUGGAGAGAAGGAGUUUGAAGAGAGCUUCAGUGAUGAGGACCAAUGUUACAGGAGAAGAACAUGGAACAAAUACCGAGAGGAGGUUCUACAUGAAUUUGGGUAUGAUGAGAUCCAGGAUGUGGAUUCUGACUAA